AUGGAGCCGGCGGCAGGACUGGGCGGCUCCUUGCUGGAACAGGCCUCAAAAAAAGUAGCACCGUUCACAGCAGUGCGCAUCCAUCAACGUGUUCUGCAGGUUGACUUCAGCCUCGGUGGAUCAACAAAGCUGGAGAGACACGAGGAGGUUCACACCACGGAGAAGCCGUGGAAAUGUGGGGACUGUGGGAAGGGGUUCAAUUACCCAUCAGAGCUGGAAACGCAUCGACGCAGUCACACCGGGGAAAGGCCAUUCACCUGCUCCGUGUGCGGGAAGGGAUUCACUCAGUCUUCCAGCCUGUACACGCACCAGCGGGUUCACACCGGGGAGAGGCCGUUCACUUGCCCAGAGUGUGGGAAGGGAUUUAAGGCCUUCUCAACUCUCCGGACUCACCAGCGUGUUCACUCUGACAAGAGACCAUUCAAAUGUUCUGACUGUGAGAAGAGCUUUAAAAGCAGAAAGGACAUUGUGACACACCAACGCAGUCACACUGGGGAGAGACCUUUCACCUGCAAAGUGUGUGGGAAAGGAUUCACUCAGUCAUCCCAUCUCCUGACCCACCAAAUUGUUCACACUGAUAAGAGACCUUUUAAAUGUUCUGACUGCGAGAAGAGCUUCAAAAGCAAAAAGGAUUUACUGAACCACCAGCGCACUCUGACCGGGGAGAGGCCAUUCACCUGCUCCGUGUGUGGGAAGGGAUUUACGUGCUCAUCCCACCUGCUGACCCAUCAGUUUGUUCACACCACCGAGAGGCCUUUUGAAUGUUUCGACUGUGAGAAGAAAUUUAAAAGCAAAAAGGACCUGCUGAAACACCAGUAUACCCACACCGGAGAGAGGCCAUUCAUUUGUUCUGUGUGUGGGAAGGGAUUCACUCGAUUGUCCCACCUGUCAAGGCAUCAUCGCCUUCACACUGGAGAGAGGCCGUUCACCUGCUCUGAGUGUGGGCUUGAAUUUGUGGAUUUAUCUGAUCUUCUGACACACCAGCGAGUUCACACGGGGGAGAGACCAUACACCUGCUCCCUGUGUGGCAAGAAAUUCACUCAGUCCUCCCACCUCACCACACACCAACUGGUUCACACCGACAAGAGACCCUUUGAAUGCUCCAUCUGCGAGAAGAGGUUUAAAAGCAAGCAGAACCUGCUGACGCAUCAGCGUGUUCACACAGGGGAGAGGCCAUUCCACUGUGCCACGUGUGGGAAGGGAUUCAGUCAGUCUAACAACCUCCUGAGACACCACCAGCUUCACUUGCGAGAGCAGGGAUUGGAUUCUGCCGCCGUUGCUGAUGCGAACCACAUUCAGGACUCAGAAGCUGUUCGGAUCGGCAGGCAAUUCUGCUCGAAGUUUAUUUUGCAGAAGACACCAAGCAAUCGAACAAAUAAAGGUAUAGCAGGGCAGCUCAGUCUCGUGAAGGGCUCAUCCUGUUCCAUCUCGGUAAACCUGGAUCCUCUGAGAGUGCCAGAUAAGUGCAGGGACCGCCGUCAACUGGAGCAGCAGGAAGCAAAAGGGAACGGCCCGUCAGGUGUCUUCUUGACUGAAAGACUCACCGUCGGGCAUGCGCGUUGCCGUUACUGGCUCGAGACCCUGGCCAGGUCCGUCGCGGCGGUUCAGCGCGGCGAGGCCCGGGGCUGGAGGGUCGACCGGGGGCCUGAGGUGACGGCCGCCAUUUUGUCGGGCGGCCAGGCGCAUGCGCGGUUGGUGGAGGGUGCCCGAAUCUCGUCCCGCCCCCGUCUCCGAUUGGUCGGAGCCGCCACCGGACUUCCCAGCCUAUUGGCCCGCGGCAGCCAUCCGUAUCCAUAUGGGGCGUGGCCAGCAGGGGACAUGCGCCAUGAGGGGAGGGCAUCACGUGAUGUAAACACAGACCUGGUAUCUGAGAUAAACUUGAAGACAUACAAGGACUCUAUGGAGAAACCGUGGAAAUGUGAGGACUGUGGGAAAGGGUUCAAUUACCCAUCCCUGCUGGAAAACCAUCGGCGAAGUCACACUGGAGAGAGGCCGUACACCUGCUCUGUGUGUGGCGAAGGAUUCACCCAGUCGUCUGGCCUUUGGUCACACCAGCGAGUUCACACAGAGGAGAAGCUGUUCAGCUGCACGGUCUGUGGAAAGCGGUUCAGACACUCCUCCACCCUCACUGUGCACCAGCGCACUCACACUGGGGAGAGGCCGUUCACCUGCUCUGAAUGUGGGAAGGGGUUCUCUCAGUCCUUCCACCUGCAGACACACCAGAGGGUUCACACCGGAGAGAGACCGUUCACCUGCUCCGAUUGCGGGAAGGGGUUCACACUGUCAUCCCACCUCCUGUCGCACCAGCGGGUUCACAGUGAGGAGAGGCCGUUCAGCUGCCCGUCCUGCGGAAAGAGGUUCAGGCACUCAUCAGCGCUCGGCCUGCACCAACGCACUCACACCGGCGAGAGGCCAUUCACCUGCUCCGAGUGCGGGAAAGGCUUUACAGUUUUACCCACGCUGCUGAGGCACCAGCGGGUGCACACCGAGGAGAGGCCAUUCAGCUGCCCGUCCUGCGGGAAGAGGUUCCGUCAGCCUUCCAACCUCACGGCCCACCAGCGCACCCACACGGGCGAGAGGCCGUUCACCUGCUCUGCCUGCGGCAAGGCCUUCACCCGAUCUUCCAACCUCACCGCCCACCAGCGGGUCCACACCGGGGAGAGGCCGUUCGCCUGCUCGGUGUGCGGCAAGGCCUUCACCAAGUCUUUCAACUUGCUGACCCACCAGCGCACUCACGCCGAGGGGAGGCUGUUCACCUGCUCGGUGUGUGGGAGGGGGUUCGCUCAGUCCCGCUGCCUCCUCAGGCACCAGCAAGUUCACCAGUGACUGCAGUCGUUGGAUUCUUCUGCUGUUAACCGUCUCCCGGAUCGACAUUGGCCAGAUUUCUGCUGACAUUCCCAGUCCCUGGAACCGGGUGCGGGUUUUCACAUCCUGGAUACGUUACUGAAUUUCAGAGCUAUGGUGACUCUCUGAAAACAACAUCUGUGAUCUUUCCUCUCUAUUCAAGAACUUGCAACAGGAACUCGAUUGUGGGAACACGAUGAACCUUUGCUUCAAUAUCCCAAUCCCGCGCCGGCACAUCCACUACACGAUACAUUUUCCGUGAAAUUCUCUCAGACUAUGUGUUUUGUUUCAGGGAUUCCAAUUCCAUUCACGCGUUCUGCAUUUCCAUGUUUUCUUUUUCAGGUUCCUUCUCUAGUUGGCUAAUAUAGGACACAUACCAAAGACUGUUUCUAGGUAUAUGUGAGUAAUUAAGUCUUUUUUAACUUGGAACCUACAAGUAAGACAUUUAUUAAUUUAUUUUGAAUGCGGGAAACGUAUUCCAUUCCCGACAUUCUAAACUACUUCGCGCUGGGUCUUACUGUAAAUGAAUCCCUCCUGCAGCCCCUAGACAGUGGGAAAGGCAGAGGUGAAAGUGCAUCUCCUGAGCUUGCAUGGGAUUGUGCGUUAGGAAGGUUAAAGGUUCUAUUUCCAUUAAUAAACAGACUGUCCAAAGGA